CUGUCAUUCGAUAACUACCUCCUCCUAGGUAACAAACACAUCACCGCCCCAACUUUUGGCGCAUACACGACUUUACAAGGGCGAGGGAUUUCUUAUCGUCGCCAGGAGACAAGCAUACGAUUUGCUCCUUUUCUUGGAUGGAUCUACCCUCUAAUAUAUCCACUCUGAUCUAUCCAUCUCUCACUGUGUCAUCCCCGUCGUACGUGGAGACCGGCCACGACAGUCGUUCUGCCUACACUGAUUGAGUCUCCAGUCUCGACAAAGAACAAGAAAGCUCCAAAAUAUCAAAAUGGAACAUAGAGAGCUGAAAUGUCCCUAUAUUCAGGGCAGCAAAAUCACGUUUCAACUAACGACAUCGUCCUCAACCGAACCCCGGUUUAUAACAGGCACAAUUGUCGAACUUUUCAAAUUCACGCUCUCAUGUGUAAUGGCUAUUAUGCCAGAUGAUCCAUAUCUAAAGGAGCGAGUGAUUUUGAAGCUGUACGAUCGGCGUUUCGCAACUGAACUGCGCGAAGAUCAGCGAAUUCAGCCUUGGACUCUGGAAAUUGAGCAGGAAUACCAGCAAUUUAUCCAGGACGGCAGAGCGUCAGACUUUAUUAGAAGUUUACACACUGAGGACGACGAGGACGAAGAAGAAGAAGAAGAAGAAGAAGAAGAAGAAGAAGAAGAAGAAGAAGAAGAAGAAGAAGAAGAAGAAGAAGAAGAAGAAGAAGAAGAAGAAGAAGAAGAACCAUGGAAUGCCGCUCAAGAUGAAGCAUAUCUCUUUGACUAUAUGCAGCGGCUCUAUGAAGCGGAAUAUGAAGUGUACCAAAAGCUGGAAGAUAUUCAAGGAAGAGAUAUUCCACGCUUUCUUGGGCGUGUUACAAUUCCAGGGAACGAUUCGCAGAGCGCUACAGUUAGCGAGUAUGUUGACUGCCCUGGGAUCCUUUUACAAUAUAUCGAAGGAGUCCCUCUGAGUGAUCUUGCCUCAUUUGCGCCAAAAGAGGCAUGGCAAGAGAUCUGCGAAGAUGCCAUUCGUAUUGUGAACCUGCUUGGGGAUCGCGGCAUACUUAACGAGGAUGUCAAACCAUGGAACUUUAUUGUACGCAAAGAAUCGGCUGUCGAUUAUAAAGUCUUCAUGAUUGACUUUGCGUUAUGCAACUUCCGCGAGGAGUAUGAAGAUGAAGAAGACUGGUUGAAAUCGAAGGCACUGGAAGAUGAAGAAGGUGCAGUAGGGUGUGUCAUGGAGUCGCGCUUGGAAGGGGGUUUUGUGUAUCGUCGAUCUGCCAGAAUUAUGGAAUUGGACGAGAGAUUCCUGUCGCAGUUGCUAUGACUGGUUUAUACGUCAAACAGUCUGGACACUAUGAGGAGAGAGAACAUAUGCGAAGUCAUGCCACAAAUAUGUUCCGACAUCGACCUCCCACUAGCCCUGGUUCAAAUCUAUUCUAUACGGAUAUUCCAUUUCAACGAAAACUCCUCUCCACUGCCUCACACGCCAAUGUGAUCGCCUUCUUUCCUGCCUCCAGCACCGCAUCCAUUGCCAGAAACGGAUGCGGCAUACCCUGCAUAACAUGCAGCUCGACGGGCACGUCUGCCUUCUUCAACUU